CCGACAAGUCUCUUUCUUUCAGCCUCUCCGGCAAUAAGAGAGCACCAGCACCACCAGUCGGCACACUGUUCACCAGCUAUCUCAUCCAGUAUCCACUUCAGUUGCAUCAUCCAGUGCCGUACGAUAGAUAGAUACAUGUAGCCCGCUAGGCUGGAUAGCUUCGGCCUGAUAUGCCAAUCCACCCAGCACACAAUCUUGACGCCAGAUCUGCAGCUUGGCAAUUCGACCUCUCCAACAACUCACCCACCAAUCUCGGCCAUCUGACGCCAUUAAUACGUUAUUACCAUGGUCCUCUACAGCUUCUACAUCUUCGAUCGCCAUACGGAGUGCAUCUACGCGCGCCGUUGGACACCACGCCCUACCUCUGACAGCUCCAAAGCCGCAUCCGCGCGCCCACAGUCCGGCUCCUCCAUCACCUCCAAUGGCGCAAACAACACCACCAGCAACGAUGCAGUGGCUGCCCCGCACGCCCGCAAACCCAUGUCGCACUCGGACGACGAGAAGCUCAUCUUCGGCCUCGUCUUCUCGCUGCGCAACCUCGUCACCAAGCUCGGCGGCUCCGACGACACGUUCCUCUCCUACCGCACCGGCGAGUACAAACUGCACUACUACGAGACGCCCACCCGCAUGAAGUUCGUCAUGCUCACCGACACCAAAGUGAUCAAUUUGAGGCAGUACCUACACCAGAUCUGGGCCAAUUUGUAUGUCGAGUAUGUGGUGAAGAAUCCGCUUGCGCCCACCGAGCAUCCAGGAGGCAUUGGCGUGGCGAAUGAGCUGUUUGAGAGGGGGCUGGAGGCCUUCAUCACGGCCGUCUUGCCAGCGUGAGGAGAAAAGGCCAAAUACUGGAGAUAAGCAUCCAAAAGUCGCGUUGGACGCAAGAUAGGAGGCCAGACACACGCUACGAGCAAUUGUCGCUACAAG